AUGGGAGAGCGGAAGCUGGCGCUGGUUGUUGUCUUCUGCCUUGUUUCUUCGAUGUUGCCUUCUCGAGCAGUGACUGUAGCUGUCAUGUCAGUUGACCUGGGCAGUGAGUGGAUGAAAGUAGCGAUAGUGAAACCUGGUGUGCCGAUGGAGAUUGUUCUCAACAAGGAGUCGAGGAGGAAAACACCCACAGCUGUAUGUCUCAAGGAAAAUGAAAGACUUUUGGGAGACAGUGCGCUUGGAAUGUCUGUGAAGAACCCCAAAACUGUUUAUAGACACCUCCAAAGUCUCCUGGGCAAAAAGCACGAUAACCUCCAGGUGGCGCUCUACCAGAAGCGUUUCCCUGAGCACCAGCUGCUGGAGGACUCAGUGAGAGGCACAGUUUACUUUAAAAGCUCAGAAGAAAUUCAGUACACACCUGAGGAGUUCCUCGGUAUGGCGCUCAAUUAUUCUCGUGGACUGGCUCAGGACUUUGCAGAACAGCCAAUCAAAGAUGCAGUGAUCACCGUCCCAGCCUUUUUCAACCAGGCAGAGCGCAGGGCAGUCCUGCAGGCUGCACAGAUGGCAGGCUUAAAGGUUCUUCAACUCGUCAACGACAAUACAGCCGUGGCCUUGAACUAUGGGGUCUUCAGGAGGAAAGAUAUCGACAACACAGUCAAGAAUGUGAUGUUUUAUGAUAUGGGCUCAGGCAGCACAACUGCCACCAUAGUCACAUACCAGACAGUCAAAACCAAGGAGUCUGGCACCCAACCCCAGCUACAGAUCCGAGGUGUCGGGUUUGACCGUGGGUUGGGAGGCUUUGAGAUGGACCUGCGACUCCGGGACCACCUGGCCAAGCUGUUCAAUGAGCAGAAGAAGAGCAAGAAAGAUGUGAGGGAGAACCACCGGGCUAUGGCCAAGCUACUCAAAGAGGCUCAGAGGAUCAAGACGGUGCUCAGUGCAAACAUGGACUUCAUGGCCCAGGUGGAAGGUUUAAUGGAUGACAUUGACUUCAAAGCUAAGGUGACCAGGAUGGACUUUGAAGAGCUGUGUGCUGAUCUGUUUGAGAGAGUGCCUGGCCCGGUGCAGGACGCCCUCAGCACUGCAGAGAUGAAGCUGGAUGAAAUUGAGCAGGUGAUUUUAGUCGGUGGCUCCACCCGUGUCCCCAAAGUUCAGGAAGUGCUGCUCAAAGCUGUGGAGAAAGAGGAGCUGGGGAAGAACAUCAACGCUGACGAGGCAGCAGCCAUGGGUGCCGUGUACCAAGCUGCUGCCCUCAGCAAGGCCUUCAAGGUCAAACCUUUCCUGGUCCGAGACGCAGCCGUCUUCCCCAUUCAGGUGGAGUUCACUCGUGAGACGGAGGAAGAGGGUAUCAAGAGCAUUAAACACAACAAACGUAUCCUCUUCCAGAGGAUGGCGCCCUACCCCCAGCGCAAGGUCAUUACAUUCAACCGCUACAACAAUGACUUUGCUUUCUACAUCAACUACGGCGACCUCAGCUUCCUAAGUCAGGGCGACCUCAGGUUGCGUGUUGGCUCUCUGAACCUGACCACAGUCAAACUGUCUGGAGUCGGCAACAGCUUUCAGAAGCACGCAGAGGCAGAGUCGAAAGGCAUCAAAGCCCAUUUCAACAUGGAUGAAAGUGGAGUGCUCCUGUUGGAUCGGGUGGAGUCUGUGUUUGAAACUAUUGUGGAGGAGAAGGAAGAGGAAUCGACAUUAACUAAACUGGGUAACACAAUUUCCACCUUGUUUGGAGGAGGAUCGUCAGAACCCUCCCCAAAUAUAACUGAACCUGUCCUGGACGAGGAGGAAGUGCCUCCAGAGUCUGGGAAGGACGGCAAGGACGAGGAUGGUAAGGACGAGGCCCAGAAGGACGAGCCUGCCGAGGAGAAGCAGGACGAUUCAGAGAAAAGUGAAGCUGAAGAGAAAAGUCAGGAGAAGACCGAGGAAGCAGACAGCAAGACUGAUAACACGGAGGAAAAGGUUGGAGAUGGAGAGAAAGCAGAGAACACUGAGGCAGAGAAGGAUGCCGAGAAGAAGGAAAAACCUCAGAAGAAAAGCAAGAUCGCUGAGGACAUCACAGCAGAACUAGUCACUAACGACAUCCUCGAUCCCACUGCAGAUGAUGUCACUUCCUCUAAGAAGAAGCUGCAGGAUCUGACAGACAGAGACUUGGCCAAACAGGAGAGGGAAAAGUCCCUCAACAGUCUGGAAGCUUUUAUCUUUGAGACACAGGACAAGCUGUACCAGGAGGAUUACCAGCUGGUGGUGUCUAAGGAGGAGAAAGAGCAGAUCUCCGGCAAGCUGAGCGAGGUGGCGGAGUGGAUGGACGAGGGCGGCUACGCGGCAACUACUAAGCAGCUGAGGGAGAAGCUGUCUCAGCUGAAGAGCUUGUGCAAGGACAUGUUUUUCAGGGUGGAGGAGCGACGCAAAUGGCCGGACCGCCUGGCCGCCCUGCACAGCAGACUCAACACCUCCAGCUUCUUUUUGAGGACUGCCAAACUGAUUCCAGAGGAUGACCAAAUCUUCACUGAAGUUGAGCUGAAUAUGUUAGAAAAAGUGAUCAACGAAACAAUGACGUGGAAGAAUGAGACUGUAGCAGAGCAGGCGAAACGCUCUCCAAAGGAGAGGCCUAUCCUAUUGUCCAAAGACAUAGAGUCCAAGCUGACUCUGCUGGAACGAGAACUGAACUACUUGCUCAACAAGGCCAAGUUUGCCAAGCCAAAAGCCAAAGCCAAGAACGGCACCAGCUCUGAUAAAAGCAACAAGGCCAACACCACAGCCGAGCAGAAAGUCAUCCCUCCCACAGAGGAGAGCGCAGACGCAAAGAGCGAGAUCCCAGAGGAGGUGCAGCCACAGGAAGUCCCACCCACUGAAGAGAGCACUACUAACACCGACUCAGACAGCCAACCACAGCCCACAGAAGAAACAACAACUACAGGACCGACUGAGAAGACCCAACCUGAAAACCACAUAGAGGAUGAAUUAUAACAGCUGGAACGGGGGGGGGAAAUCACUAUAUUUAUUGACUGUGUGUAAAUGUUCGCGUUCCUUCUCGCUCUGGUUUUUCUGUUUGCUUUUUUCUUUAAUGUUGUCUUUAUGUCCUUGUUUAUUGAACUGCUUGGAGACCAUCAUCAUGUUCCCUCUUCCUCCUCUGUGCUCUUCAUCUUGUCUGUCUUUCAUGGAUUCUGUAAGCAAUGGACACUUAAACACCAUAAAGAAGAAGCUCAACCUAAACAAAGCCCGAGACGUCGUCUGUACAUACUUGAUGCAGGUCCAGACAGAAUACCUUCCAACAAACGGUCCUGCUGAUGGAGACGGAGAUGUAAGCAGUGCUUGGCCAUAUUGAAACUAAAUGGACAUUCGAUGGCUGAGUGCUGUUGUCCUCUGGUUUGUCAUUCAUGAACUUUUUCAUGUCCUGAUUUGUCCUCUGCAUCCUCAAACAUGCUGUUCUGCUGUGAGGUGACCAUUUGUCCUAACACCUGCACCUUUACUGGCUUUUCAUGGACGUUGCGUAAGUGGUGUCUGUGGAGCUGGUUUAAAGGAUUUUGGAGGAUCCUCAAUGAUUCUUUUUCCGUUUUUUCUUGGGUUUUUUUGCCCCAUACCAGAAUUUAUUUGGCCAUAUCAUUUGUAGGUUUAUAUGUAAACUUCAUUUACAUACAGUAUAUUUAUAACUAUUGUGGAAGUACAGUCAGUUGAUUUUGAAUGGAAAGCAUUUUUAAGUUGGUAAUAAAUCUGAUAAAUAUUGAUGCUAUAACGGUACAAUAUCAGAGGUCUUUGACAAUUGGCUGUCAAAUCAAAGACUAAAUUCUAGUAACAUUUCAACUAUAGAGAAUGAUGGCUGAUAUAUAAUACUUGACCAGAAAUGAAGGUCUAAAUGUGCAUCGUAUAUAAACGUGCAGCUAGUGGAACUACCUCUUUUCUAAGCAGAACUACUGAUAGUUCUACUAACCCCUGUAGUUCAUUUAGACGUUGUUUUUUUCUCCAAAUUAUUGGCUGAAUAGAAUCAAGAUCACCUCUCCUGAUAUUACUAAAAAGCAGCACGUCUGGUCCAUCAUGCAGCAGUAAGUGUUGCUGAUUGACCAGGUGACCAGGCCUUUGGGUCAUCUGUGCUGUGUUUGCAGCACUCUGGAUUAUUUGAAGGGGGGAACUGAAGAAAACAGUCAGGAAUAGAAGAUGCAAAAAAUGUUGUCUUUCUAAACUGUUAAUAAAAAAUCUCUUUUGGUUUUUAA